AUGGCUGAAAAUAAAAUAAAAAAAAAAUCGAUGCAUUACAAAAAUAAUGAAUUAAAAAGAAUAAGUAAAAUUAAUAAGAAUAUAAGCGACAUGAAUUUUAAAGGAAAGGAAUAUUUCUACAGAACAAAUAAUAAAUACAUUGACGAUAAUUACAUUGAUGUUUUAAAAAAAAAAUGUAUGAAAGAAAAACAGAAAUAUUUUUUAUUCUUUCCACCUUUUUUGAAUAAAACAUUAAAGAAAAAGGAAAAACAUACUAUAAAUAUAAUAAUUUUUAUGAGUUUUUUUUUAAUUUUUUAUAUUAUACUUAAAAAUUAUAGUUAUAGUUGGAAAAACGAAAAUAAUAUUACUAAUAGUUUUGAUUCUUACUUUGAAAAUGAUGAAUACAUUUAUAUUCCAAAUAAAAAAACUUCUAAUACAAUACAUUUGAAAAAUAUACUAGGAACUGAAAUAGUAGAUAAUAAUUUUUUGAGUAUAUAUUCCGAAAGUAUGAAAUAUUUAAGACAAACUAGUUUAAAUUUUUCAUUACGCCAAAGAUCCUUAUCUACUGAAUGCUACGUAUAUUUUAAAAGUUUUUUAAAACAAGCUAUAUCCCCGCACAGUUUAACAAAAGCAAUAAAAAUUGAUAAAGAAUAUAUAUAUCCUUGGGACUCCAUAACACAAGAUGAGGUAUCGAAAAUAUUUGAAAAUGCGAAAUUUUUUGGGUUUUUAGUUACGUGGUUUAAAAAUCAUAGAAAGGCACAAAAUGUAAGUCAAGAAUUUUUAAAAAGAGAAAUGCCUGUUUUAUCACCCCGUUUUAUUCAGAGGGCGGAUUUAUAUACUCAUUUUUAUAAAAAUAAUGAUGAAAUGGAACCAAAUUUUUAUGGUGUAAAUUACACCUGGCUAGGGCAUGCAACAGGUUUAGUAGUAGUAGAUGGGUUUAAGGUAUUAUUAGACCCCGUUUUUAAUAUUGAAUUAUUAAGUCUUAAAGGAAUUGCGAGAUCCUUAUUAAAUUGGGCAAAUGUUAAGAUAAUGGGAGGAUUAGGAGCAAGAAUAUCAAAGUCUCCGUGUAAUAUUUCUGAUUUACCAGAUGAUCUACAUGCUGUUUUUGUUUCUCAUAAUCAUCAUGAUCACAUAAUGGAAGAAGAUGUGAGAGUUUUAUGUAAAUUAAAAAAAUUUCAAAAUGUUAUGUGGUAUGUCCCAGAAGGGUUAGCAAACUUUUUUCUUAAAGAAGGUUGCAAAGCUGCAAAAAUUUACGAGUUGUCUUGGGGAGAUGAAAGAUGGAUAUCAUGUUGGAUAUCAUAUAAACAAUUUCAAUGUAGAGAUGGUAUAUGGAAAAGUAAAAAUAAUGCGAAUAGCAUUUUUAAAUAUAAAAUAAUUUAUGCUCCCACUCUUCAUUGGACAGCAAGAAAAGAUAAUCUAAGUGAUUUUAAUCAAUCCUUAUGGGGUUCAUUAAUAUUAAAAGGCCCAAAACAUAAAUUCUAUUUUUCUGGUGAUACUGCAUAUUUAAAGGAUGAUUUUGAAGAAUUUAAAAAAAUUGGGAGAUUACAUGGUCCAUUUCAUUUAGCUGCUAUAUCUAUUGGUGCAUAUGAACCAAAUGAUCACCUAAAAUAUCACCACGUACAUCCAUGGGAAUCUGUGAAAAUAUGGAGAGAUAUAAGAGCAGAAAUUGCUGUUGGAAUUCAUUGGGGUACUUUUCGAUUAUCUGCUGAAGAAUUUAUGCAACCUAGAGAUGAUUUAGAAGCUGCUUUGCUUGGUGUAAGCUUUUAUACAUUAAGAAACAUAAGUUUACCAGAAAAAAAAAAGAAAAUAAAAAAAAUAAUGAAAAAAUAUUAUAUUAAAAACAAUAAUGAAAAAAAAAAGGAAAAUGAUGAUCUAGAAGAUUUAAAAGAAUAUUUUUAUCCUUCUUCAAAUGAUGAAUACCAUGAAUAUACAGAAAGUUUUCAUUCUAUAUUUUCAGACAAUUUAAAUUUAUUCUAUAGUGAUAUUAAUCGAAAUUAUGUUAAACAUAUGUAUCAACAAAAAAAGUUAUAUGCAUCAACAUACAAACGUUUUAAAAGGGCUUUAAUUUUAAGAAACUCAAAAAAAUUACCAAAAUCGUGGAAAAAGCUAUUACUAAAUCUUUCUAUUCGUUUUCAAACUAUACCUAUAGGUGGAUCAAUUGAAGUGAAUUCAAAAAAUGAAAAUAUUUCUAUGACAAGAUCAAGUGAAUAUAAUUCUACACUAUACGAGCAUUAUACAUUUCCUCAUUGGUAUAAAAGCAAAGAAAACGAAGAAGUGCCAAAUCAAAACUCUUUUAUGUAUGAAGAUUUGAUGAAUUUUCAUAUUGUAAGCUGA